AGCGUCAGGAGCUGCUGCAGCAGCGGCGAAGGCUGCUUCUGGACGCCUUGGGGUCGCGCAGCCGCAGCCCCAGUCCAGAGGCUCCAGGCGGUGCGGUGGGCGCUGCCGCCGCCGCUGCUGCUGCUGCUGCGGGCCCCUUGCCGUUACCCGGGCCCCCUCCGCCACCCGGGCCCCGGAUGCCGUCUGCACUCCGGUCGAGCCUGCUGGAGAGUGCUCCCCAGCCUGGACGCCGCCCCCGGCCUGGUCUCCACUCCUCCGCCGCACCUCCCAUGACAGCUCCCGCUCGAAGAUGGCUGCGAAGGGCGCGCACGGCACCCACCUGAAGGUGGAGAGCGAGGUGGAGCGCUGCCGCGCCGAGGGCCAGUGGGACCGCAUGUUCGAGCUGGUCCGGCAUCUGCAGAUGCUGGGCAUUUCCGGGGGCGGCAGUAGCAACCGGCGAAACAGCCCGAGCGGCAGGUUCACCUCUCUGGACACCGAUGACUUUGUGAAAUUGCUGCUAGCGGAGGCCCUCCUGGAGCAGUGUCUGAAGGAUAACCACGACAAAAUAAAAAACUCCAUCCCUUUGCUGGAGAAGACCGACCACAGGCUGAAUGAAGCCAAGGACCACCUGAGCAGCCUCCUCAACAAUGGGAAACUGCCGCCACAGUACAUGUGUGAAGCCAUGCUGAUCCUGGGCAAGCUGCACUAUGUGGAGGGCUCGUACCGGGACGCCGUCAGCAUGUAUGCACGGGCCGGGAUUGAUGACAUAUCCGUGGAGAACAAGCCCCUGUAUCAGAUGCGGUUGCUGUCGGAGGCCUUUGUCAUCAAAGGCCUUUCUCCUACCAGCCUUGCUCAGUUCGUAUGCUCUCUGUGUCCUGCUCUCUACUCUCUCCAGCAUGCCUCCAGCUUCUUGGGGGAACCCAGUCCUGGUGGUCAGAGGUCCUGCCAGGGAGGCCUCUCCCUGGAACGCCUGCCCAACUCCGUCGCCUCCCACAUCCGCCUGACUGAGCGGGAGGAAGAAGUGGUUGCCUGUUUUGAGAGGGCCUCUUGGGUGGCUCAGGUGUUCCUGCAGGAGCUGGAGAAGACCUCAAACAACAGCACAUCAAGACACCUGAAAGGCAGCCUCUCGCCUGACUAUGAGCUGUCCUACUUCCUGGAAGCUGCCCUCCAGAGCGCAUAUGUGAAGAACCUGAAAAAGGGGAAUAUUGUGAAAGGCAUGAGGGAGCUCCGGGAGAUUCUGAGGACUGUGGAGACCAAAGCGACACAGAACUUCAAAGUGGUGGCCGCCAAGCACCUGGCAGGGGUCCUGCUGCACUCCCUGAGCGAGGACUGUUACUGGAGCCCCCUGUCCCACCCCUUGCCUGAGUUCAUGAACAAGGAGGAGAACUCUUUCGUCAAUCAGACUCUUCGGAAACCUCACCUCUACGAAGGGGACAACCUCUACUGCCCCAAAGACAACAUAGAGGAGGCCCUCUUGCUGCUGCUCAUCAGUGAGUCCAUGGCAACUCGGGACGUGGUACUGAGUCGGGCACCAGAGCAGGCUGAGGACCGGAAAGUGAGCCUGCAGAAUGCUUCAGCCAUUUACGACCUCCUGAGCAUCACGCUGGGCCGGCGAGGCCAGUAUGUCAUGCUGUCAGAGUGCCUAGAGCGAGCCAUGAAGUGUGCUUUUGGAGAAUUUCACCUUUGGUACCAAGUGGCCCUCUCCAUGGUGGCUUGUGGGAAGUCAGCCUACGCCGUGUCGCUGCUGCGUGAGUGCAUGAAGUUGCAGCCCUCGGACCCCACGGUACCCCUGAUGGCUGCCAAGGUCUGCAUUGGGUCCCUGCAUUGGCUAGAAGAGGCAGAACACUUCGCCACGGUGGUAAUUGGCCUUGGAGAGGAAGCAGGAGAGUCCCUGCCUAAAGGCUACCUGGCCCUGGGCCUCACCUACAGCCUGCAAGCCACUGAUGCCACCCUGAAGUCCAAGCAAGAUGAGCUUCACCGCAAGGCACUGCAGACCCUGGAGAGAGCCCGGGAACUGGCACCCGAUGACCCCCAGGUUAUCUUCUAUGUUGCCCUGCAGCUGGCCCUCGUCCGACAGAUCUCCAGCGCCAUGGAGCGACUUCAGGAGGCCCUGACGAUGUGCAGGGAUGAUGCCAAUGCCCUCCACUUGCUAGCACUGCUCUUCUCUGCCCAGAAGCAUUACCAGCACGCCCUAGACGUCAUCAAUAUGGCCAUCACCGAGCAUCCUGAAAAUUUCAACCUGAUGUUCACCAAGGUGAAGCUGGAGCAGGUGCUGAAAGGCCCGGAGGAAGCCCUCGUGACUUGCAGACAAAUGCUGCGGCUGUGGCAGACCCUCUACAACUUCUCUCAGCUGGGGGGCCUGGAAAAGGAUGGCAGCUUUGAAGGCCUCACAGUGAAGAAACAGAAUGGUAUCCACCUGACUCUGCCAGAUGCCCAUGAUGCAGACUCUGGCUCUAGGCGGGCGUCGUCUAUCGCAGCCUCAAGGCUGGAAGAGGCCAUGUCGGAAUUAACCCUAACAACCUCAGUCCUGAAGCAAGGCCCCAUGCAGCUGUGGACCACACUGGAGCAGAUCUGGCUCCAGGCCGCUGAGCUGUUCAUGGAGCAGAGACAACUCAAGGAAGCGGGUUUCUGCAUCCAGGAGGCUGCUGGCCUCUUCCCCACCUCUCACUCGGUGCUCUACAUGCGAGGCCGACUAGCUGAGGUGAAGGGCAGCUUCGAAGAGGCCAAGCAGCUGUACAAGGAGGCUCUCACCGUAAACCCGGACGGCGUGCGCAUCAUGCACAGCCUGGGUCUGAUGCUGAGUCAGCUGGGCCACAAGAGCCUGGCCCAGAAGGUGCUGCGGGACGCUGUAGAGAGACAGAGCACCUUCCACGAAGCAUGGCAGGGCCUGGGAGAGGUGCUGCAGGACCAAGGCCAGAACGAAGCGGCCGUGGACUGCUUCCUCACAGCCCUGGAGCUGGAGGCCAGCAGCCCUGUGCUGCCCUUCUCCAUCAUUGCCAGAGAGCUGUGAGCCUCUGCAGCUGCAGCCGGCAGCUAUAUACUGCCUGCCAGGGGCGGGGCGGGGGCAGCAGACACAGGCAGGGGGCAGGGAAGGGCGUGUGUCCAGAUGUGGGGGCCUCAGGGAAUAGAUGACGAGUGAGCACUUACACUGGCUUCCAUGCCACUUCUCCCCCCACACUCCACACCCUGCAGGCCCAGCUGGGCCUGAGCUCCUGACUGAAGCUGGGUGGAUGAGAUUUGCAUCCAAAGCAAACGCCUUGCCUCCCCCAAAGACUGACCGUUGCUGGGCACCUCUUAGAUAAAAGGUGUGUCUGGGAGCCAAGCCCCUUCCUUGGCUUCCCCCACCACCCUGGAUUUCCUGGUUUGGGAUGAACCAAUCUUGAGUUUGUGUACCACAGAGAUGAAUGCCUUGGGAGACAAACUGGCUUGAAUCUAAGCGACUUCACAGAGCUGUGAGCAGACGUGCUGGAGAGCCCCGGAUACAUUUCCCCAUCUGAUCUCAGGGCAGUGCAAGCUUGAAGCCUUGCCCAGGACAGCCACAGCUUGAGGUCCCAGAUACAAAGAGGACAGACAGUGGGCUCCUGGGCUCUUGUCAGUCUGAGUUGGCACUGUUGAUGCCAACUCACUGUUGGUGUUUCCUUUAUGGGGAGGUUGCCUAGGGAGUACAUGUGAUUUCUCUGUACCACCAAGUGCCUUUUGGACUCGUGUUGGCCAGGCCCCUAAACAUAGUCCCCCUGUCUUCCAUUUUCACUCAUUGUCAUCUCCCUGGAGACACGCCCCAGUCAGUAGACUCCGUGGGCCCUGUGCCGGUGGCCUCCAGGAUACGCCUUGGAAUACAAAAUGGGUCUGAUGUAGACAUUCCUGGUACCUUGAGUACACAGUCCCUCAAGUCUUUGAACCCGCCCACUUAGGUGAAUGACAUCCAAGUGACCAUUUAUAGGCCCCAGCCCAUUACACCUCAUCACCCACUGCCCAGUUUUCAUCUUAGGCUUUGCUGAGUGACCCCAAAGCCCCAGCUUGGCCUUUUGUGCUCCCCUGCCUAGAUUCCCACAGAGGCCAUGCUUGGGGAGAGCUGGAGGGGGAACCUGACAGCCUGCUCACCUUUCUGCACCCGCAUGCUCUCUGUUAGGUCGCUGGGCAGCUGUCCCUCCCUGGCUCGUCAGCCAUGCACUCUGGUUUUGAAACUUUCCCUCAGGAAGCCAUUCCCCAGGGCCUAGCAGAGAGUUCCUUCUGUCUCCCCUACUCUGGGUGGAGCUCCCUCGGGUUCACCUUGCGCUUGUGUUAGUCAGGGGUCACCGUGCUGACCACAGUGGCCUUGCGGAGAAAGCCGUUGGAGUCUGGCUCCGUGGUGGUCUGAUGUACCCUGCUUGUACCCUCGUGUCUCCAGAGAGCUGGUGCCUGCUGGCCACAGCCACAGGCCAAAGGGAGGCUAUUCAGUCCUUGGUUGAAGGGUCUUUAUGUGUAUAUGUGUAUGUGUGUGUAUAUAUAUAUAUAUAUAUAUAUAUAUAUAUAUAUAUGCUAGAGAUCUAUAUUUUUAUGGAAUUCUGUUAAGAGUAAAAAAGAGAAAAGCAGAUACUAUUGGCGUACCUUGGAGGUCUAUCUUGGCAGUGGGAAAGACAGCAAAUGCAUGAACUGACUAAGCAUCCUGUCUUUGGAGGCCCUAGGAGACAGGCCCAGUACCUGACAGUGACUUUGGAAAUUGAAUAAAAGACCCUUGAAGGAGGACAGGACUGUC